GCCAGCUCUCAUUCGCAGGGCUCCCUGGCCCUUGAAGACCAGAGUGCCGGCGGUUCACCAGAGCAUCGCAACGAAGCCGAGGAUGAACCUGACGGCAAGGAGCCCGGUCCCUCCGCGUUCACCGGACUGGUGGAGCUUGAGUACAGCGAGGAUUGGAGGGAAGAGUUGGAUGAGCUCCUACUGGAGAGAGAGAUACCGAGGCAGACGGAAGGUCGGCUUUACUACGUGGUGAACUGCGUGCGCGAGGUGUUGCAGACGAAGGAUCUGGAGGAAUUGCGCAAGCCGAACUUCCCGCUGAAGAUCCAUUUUGUGCAGGAUGUCCAUCCGACAGUGGAUAAGUCGGAUGCCUUCUACGCCUGGCAGGUCGAGUGGGGAGCUCUCCGGCAAGGUCAAGAUCCAGACCUCCGGGACCAAGACCCGCCCAAGAAGGAGGUGGUGACCGUGACCGAGGCUAAGCAGACCUUCGAUGUCCCCAAGCUGCCGGUGCAGCAUCAGCAGCACCAAGACCUCAUGAAAAGAUGGCAAGAGCAGAACAAGCUCCGCAGUGCGGCAAAUCCGAAGCCGGCCCCAUCAGGGAAGUCGCCCAAGAGCUUGCGGUCAGGCAGUGAUGCGAGCGAGUCGCCCCCCAGACACGUGGACCCUGUUCAAGAGGUCUUCGAUCGCUACCAGAUGGCUGGGCUC